AUGGGUGACCUAGCGGAACGGAACCAAAUGACUUCCAGUUCAAUUCCCUCUAAAACUGCUGAUCAGUUGCUAUUGUUACCGGAAGAUAGUGCCUGUUUUACCCCGAAUACAUCGAUCGAAUCAUAUACUGAUUUUUCGGGUUUUUAUUUUGCCACAAAAACGCAUAAGAUUCCUGAUAUGAAACAGAAGCAACCAAAUAGUUGUGCUGCUGGUGAUCUCGCUGAGAAUCAUCUAUGGAUAUCUGAUAGUAAAUCAGGCUACAGCUUAUUUGAAAGCGACUAUGAAAUUUGGACAGAAAACGACUACGAGUUUCCGAACUGGAGCUGGCCUUAUGCUUCGACUUCAAAACCGCCUAAGAGGAAGAUGGAUAAAAAGCUACACGCCUCAUCAUCCUUCUACCAUGUUCUUGAUAUGAAUACAGAAAUCGGUAAAAUGAUUACCUUUAUAUUUCAAAUAUUAUAG